AUGUCGAGAAUGCUAAAUCGUGCUGUCACAGCAGAGCAACAACUUUUAUUAACACUAAGGUUUUAUGCCUCAGACGCAUAUUUAAUAAAUGUUGGUGAAUUAUUUGGAAUACAUUACUCAACUGCAUCAAAUAUAAUAAAAAAAAUGAAUAUCGCUUUAGCAAGGCUCAGACCACAGUUUAUUAAAAUGCCUAGUAAUGCUAAUGAAAUUUCUGAUGUCCAGAAUAGAUUUUAUUUGAAAGCAAAAUUUCCACGAUGCAUUGGUGCUAUUGACUGCACACACAUCAAAAUAUCAUCACCAGGUGGAGAAAACGCAGAAAACUACAGAAAUAGAAAAAACUUUUUUUCUAUAAAUGUUCAGACUAUUUCUGAUGAUAAAUUAAUGAUCCAAGAUAUAGUAGCUCGUUGGCCUGGAUCGUCACAUGAUUCAACUGUAUUUUUCAAUUCUUCAAUUUGUAGACGUCUAGAAGCAGGAGAAUUUGGAAAUGGUUUGAUUGUCGGCGAUGGAGGUUAUGCAGUUAAAAACUACUUAAUUACACCUCUAUUAAACCCAGUCACAAGAGCUGAACAUUUGUUUCAAGAAUCACAAAUAAGAACGAGAAAUGUGGUCAAACGUUCUUAUGGCGUCUGGAAAAGGAGGUUUCCAGUUCUAUCAUUAGGGAUUCGUUUACAUAUUAGUAAAGUAGAAGCAAUUAUCAUAGCUACAGCUGUUUUACAUAAUAUUGCUAUUUUACAAAAAGAAGAUACACCACCAACCACACAAGAAAUCCAAAAACAAAUAAAUUUAAUGAACUCUGUAAACAUCAAUGUUAUAAAUGAAAAUGUAAACAAUCAUACAAAUGAUAGAACAAGAUCAACUAUGGUUCUGAGACACUUUGGUGGAAUGUGUUAAGUGUGAUCAACUUUAAU